UUUUUCCAAUUUUUCUGACAAGCGAACUUACGUUCGCAGUUUUCCAUUUUAAAUCUAAUAGGGCUAAAAUGUGUAAAUAGACGAUGUGCUUCUAGAAAUCUUUAAAUAUCACAGUUUAAAGUUUAUUUAUGCAUAAAGAGUUCCAGUGACCGAAUCUUCCGGCAAGAUGAUUAAACCCGACGACAAUCUUCGACAGCAGUAUCCUCAUUAUCCACAGACUGUGGAUUUCAAUGGACAGGAGGACCAACAUUCCACCGAAAUAUUUAGCAUCGACGUCACCGUGAUCCCUUCCCAAGGUGGCCACAAUCAUGGAAGUUCGAAAGUUAAACUAAAGAACAUUGUCGAUUUUUCAUGGGAACAUCGUUAUUACACCGGUCACCUUUUAGCCGUUCACAUGUCUGGAAAAUACCUUGCCUAUGGUAUCAAAGCUGGAAACGGAAGCGGUGUCGUUCGCGUUGUAAAUAAAGAUAUGGAGCAUCGAUUACUUUUAAGAGGGAUGAGAGGUCCUGUUCAGGAUCUGGCUUUUGCACACGUCUCGAGUGCUAUUUUAGCAUGUGUCGAUUGUUUCGGCAGUCUCUUUGUAUACACAAUCGAAGCACUGCCUGGGGAAUUGGCCCAUUCUCUAAUACUGCAAGUUGAUGCAGAAGACGUGUCUCCCACUAGUCACAGAGUAAUCUGGUGUCCUUAUAUUCCCGAAGAGGAAGCGACUGACGGUGACGAGGUUUCAAAAUUACUGGUACUAACCCGAGGAUCAAAGGCUGAAUUGUGGUCUGUUGCUGCCGCAUCACGACAAUGGACUAAACCUGUCAAUGUUACAGAUCCUGAAGUCAAAAGCAGUGGUGUCGUACUAGAAAUUAACGAGCACACCGAUACUAUUGUCGAGGCUACUUUCAGUCCCGAUGGUACAGCUUUGGCUACAGCUAGUCUCGAUGGAGAAGUCAAGUUUUUCCAAGUAUGCAUGUUUGGUCAUAGUGGUCAACAAAAGCCGCGAUGUUUGCAUCAAUGGAGACCGCACAACGGACGACCCAUUUCCUCUUUAUUCUUCCUAGACGACCACAAAAACUAUCAACCCGACAGUGCUCAAUUCUGGAGGUUCGCGAUAACUGGCUGCGACAACAACACAGAAUUAAAACUUUGGUCCUGCGAACUUUGGUCUUGUUUACAAACUAUCAAGUUUGCACCUGGACCCACAUCAGGCAAGGCACCUGUUUUGAAAGCUGGUCUGGAUCUGAGUGCCGGAUAUCUCCUUUUGUCCGACAUCUACAAUAGGGUUUUGUAUAUACUGAGUUUGGCGAAAGACAGUGGCGAAGCGAUAGCGUGUAUCAACACAAUAUCGGAAUUCCUCCUGCCAUAUCCAAUUCUUAGUUUCGCAAUUGUAGACGCUGGACAGAGAAGAGUGAGGCCCACAGGAGAGUCACUCGAAGAUUUGUGCCCUGGUGAUGACGAGAAUGAAGACCAGCUCGUCAUUAGAAUGUAUCUCGUUCAGCCCAAGUCACUUCAAGAGUGCCAUGUUGCAUUUAGGCCAGCCAUGCAAGUGAGCGGAACUUGCCUGAUGGACACCCUCACCCACGAUUCCCUCGAUUAUUCCGAAGACCUUCCAGAAAUCGGAACCGUAAAUCACAACGGCCUCGUCGACGUCAACAGCGAAGAGGAACAUACCGUUUCAACAGCGCUUGAAGCGUCGAAUCACACCUCGGGAUUGAACCUUAUGACUCCGGAUGCGUUCAGUUCGCCGGCAAAGAAGGAAAAUGCUUUGGACUCGAGUGCCAAUAGUCCAGAAUUGGGAAAUGUGCUUUCAGCGAGUCCUUCCCUGGCACAAGCCGUACACGCUUUAAAUGCUGCCGAGCCACCCUUGGCAACCAGUGAAAUGGAGGAACAAGCUCUGCCUAGUGGCGGAAGUAGUCCUUCCCGAGAAGUCAGGGAAAUUCUUUCACUCGCUGAGCCAGAGGAAGGCGAAGGUGAUAACAAGGAUGACGAUCUGCCGACGAAUGAGGAUCCAAACUGGCCAGACAUUUCAAUGGCACUGUUGAAGGAUGUCAAUAUUUGUCCAAUGCAGGAGACGAAGGAGUUUGUCAAGGAGGAGUCGAUGGUGCAAAUGACUCUUGACCCGAAUGAAAUAAAGUCUGUGAUGCUUUCCGACGAUGAGAUCAAGUGGCGUCUUCUCAACGAAUGUAAAAUCGUUUCCCUCGUCGACAAAUUCGAUUCGAUGCUUCAAAUCGUGCAAGAUCAGCGACAAGAACUCACGGAAUUGCGGUUGGAGAUUUCGAGAUUGAGAAGCGAGACUCCCUUGGGCAAUCGAGUGGAAGCGGCAGUCGCUAGAGCAACUCAGCAGCAAGCCGCCAACGUAGAACAAACGCUCUAUGGUCACAUGGCGAGACAGCACGAAUUCCUGACUAACUUGGAGAAAUCGAUCAAAGACAAUAUCGAAGCGACUUUGCCGCAAGUUUGUCAAGAUGCGAUAGAACCUUUGAAGAAUCAACUCAGACUAGACGCAGUGAAAAUGGACGAACUUGUGAAAGCGAAUUUGAAUCAGUUGAUCACCGGACCUCACAUGAGGGAUACGAUUGCUGCGGUAGCUGCGAAUGCUGCUAAACCUGUUCUCGAGGUCCUUUUCAAAGAAACAUUCACGAAUACUCUUCUACCUGGCAUGGAGAAAGCUUGCCAGGCGAUGUUUAGGCAAAUUCAAGACACCUUUGUCAGGGGCACGAGAGAGUAUUUGCAAAAUGUGGACACUGUGGUGGAAAGACAAUGCCAGAAGCGGAAUGAUCAGAAGAGUGAAGCUCUGGUGGCAAUAGUUAAAGAAGAGAUACACACUGGACUGACGAGAGGAUUGUCCGUUUUGCAAGAAGGGAUGCUGAGAACGGUUCGCGACUCUGUUCGGGAAAAUCUUACUCAUCACCUCUCUGACAUCUCCGGUGCUCGGUCUAGAGCGGCAACACCAGGUCCACAAGCUCCUGGACUAGCAGACAAUCAAGCUCGUGUAUUAUCGCAUUUACAAAGAGGUCAGUUGAACGCAGCAUUCCAACAAGCCCUGAGCGCAAGCGACCUAAAUCUCGUGGUACUAGUCUGCGAGAAAACGGAUCCUGCUCGAGUAUUUUCCUGUCCAAUGGGGCCUCAGGGUCCAAAGUCGAUUUUACAACAACCUGUGAUACUGUCCCUUGUACAGCAACUGUCCGCAGAUCUAGGUCACCGAACUGAACUCAAACACAGGUGGCUGGAGGAAGCGAUUCUUAAUCUCGACCCUGCCGACCCCGUGACGAGGGAACACAUGGGAACCGUACUGAACAACCUGCAGAACCAACUGGGACUUUUCGUAACAGCAAAUCCGACUCAUCGCUCAGCUCGUGCAAUGAAAAUGCUCGCAAUGGCCACGCGAGCUGUACUCAUUUGUUAAAUGAAAACAAGCAAUAUUUACAAAAAUAUUACGCCUCACUCGAGAUGCGUUAUUCGCGAGAACGCAAUGGAAAGGCUCUUUAUAUUCCACAUUUUUCGCUCUUGUACUAUACCAGUAUUUAUUCAGAUAAUUUAUUUUAUUUUCAGAAGCUUCAGAUUUCCUUUAUUUUCAAACUUUUUUUUCCUCUCUCUCUCUCUCUCUCUCUCUAUCCUUUCGAUUGAUUCGAAACGCAGCAAAAAUGAUGAUUUUUGUUCCUACUUUAAGUUUUUACUCGUGCAUUUUUGAGUGAAGGGGAAAAAUGUUCAUAUUGAUGCAUUGAAUGCAGUUUUGAAAAGUACCGUUCUUGGAAGAUUGUACUCUUGUUUUAAAAACUAUAUGCAAAGUUUAGGAACGCAUUUUAUUACUUUUAUUCAGAACUGUUUGUUUAAUUUUCUAAAGAGUAUUUAACGCGUCUUUUCCGUUGUUUAUCGUGCGUGGGCAUUUAUUAUUAUUUUUUUUUUUUGUAAGGUACUGUAGAGUUGAAAACGCUGAGUCGAGAAUUUUUCACUGAUUUAUAACUUGUUUUAGCAUUCUGAUAAGUGUGCAUUUUCACACGAAUUUAGAAACAUCUUUUUCUUUUGUACGAAUGUAUGAUUUGAGCAUCAGUAUUUUGACAGUGAAAAUGUUCCGACUACCAAAAUUUAUUCUAUCUUAUUACUUGAACACGAUUUCAAGAAGUGAUUAUAAAAGUAUAUUGAGAAUAGCGAUAUUAUCGUAUUAAUUAAAAAUCGUCUGUGCAAACCUCUUUCGAAUCAAGGGAAUGCGAACAUAAAAAUUGCAAUUUCUUCAUUUCAUAAAUAACAUGACCAUUCGCUCUUUGUUUCGAAAGUUCAAAAGACUCAUAUUUUAUUUGUUUAGAUUCUAUUUCGCAAGGAAAUUUAUGUUAAAUUCUGAGAAUAAGAGACUUCGUAAUAGACAGUAACACUUUUUUUCAUCUGUUUCUUUUUUUUUUUACUUCAUUAUUUACAUUUUUUAUUCUAUUUAGGAACAGACGAUUUAAUUUUGGCAUUUUUUUUUUUUAGUUAUUCCUCACUCGAUAUAAUAGUAUCCUUAGGAGAUAUCAAGAUUUUCAUUUUAAAAAAUUUCAAGAUUGUUAGCUGUGAUUAAGAUUAAUUUCCAAAUAUUGGAAAGAAAUAUUGCAUUUUCGAAAAAAAUGAGAGCAGUUGACACUUCCGUCUUUUCUCACUUUCAUAUCCGCUAAAACUUUAGAAUUCAAUGGACAGCCUUUAAUUUUUAAAGCCUUGGUUGGCGAGAGAACAAAAUAUAUCUGGUUUUACGAGAUCUUUUAAGAUUAAGGUAAUGUGAACGCAUGAAAUGGAAAUAUAGGUUGACAACGCUUUAAUGUUUAAUGUAAAAAGAGAGUUUUUUAAAAUACGCAGCUCGUCGCAGUUUUUCCGUAUGUAGCGUAUGUAAGUUUGUAAUAUAUAGAUUUUAAAUUUAUUUUAAAAUAGACCUCAGAUACAUACAAACUGUGCCACGGUUUCGUCGUUCGCUUGUACGCGAGAAAGGACAAAUGAAUUCGAGGCUGCUUAUAAACGUAUUUAAAUGACUCAGGUGAAACUGUAAUUUUUACAUACGUAUAAUCAGUCUUUUUCAAGAUAUCUCCUACGCAAUCUUUCCUUCGUAUUAGUUAUUUAAAAAACGACUGUUGUGUAACUUCGAGUGAAUUUACAGCAAAUACUUAUUCUUAUUAAAUGAGCAGAAGUGUAUUAUAAAAAAAGGAAUAAACUCGUUUCGUAUAUAAA